AUACUAGUAUGGAUAAUAAGGGGAGCAACUGCCACGCAAGCGCGCGAAUCACCUUCGGUGAAAUUUCCAUUUGAAAAUUCCACCGGCAAAAGGAAAUGUCCCUAAUUCACUUGAAACCGCCGUAUUACGGCAAUUGGCCGCCGAUUCGCCACCACAAACUCACCGUCCCCUACCAAUCCACCAAACCAAUUAACAUCUUCAAUUUCCCCAUUUCCACCCCCGCUUUAUCAAUCAAAUCAUCAUUGCCACGCGCCCCUGCGAACUCCGGCAAGUUCACCUCUUUAGCUCCUCUUAAACCCUAUCUCCAAUCAGAAUGGCAACCGAUCCUCUGCGGAUGGAUAUGUAGUGCAAUUUCCGUUUACUCUCUCUCCAAAAUCGUUCCCAAGAUUGGAAAAUUCUCGUCUCUCAUGAAUCCCUUAGAUGUUGUGAGGCUGAGAGAGGAGUUUUUUGUUUUAGGCGUUUUAUUUGUCGUUCGACUCGUCAGUAAUUAUCUGCAGCAAGUGUUUCUUUGGGAAGCGGCGUUGAAUUGUGUGUAUAAGAUUAGAGUUUCUGUUUUCCGUAAGGUUUUGGGGAGAGAUUUAGGGUUUUUUGAAGGAGGAAGUGGGAUUGCUGCUGGAGAUGUUGCCUAUAGGAUUACUGCUGAGGCUUCUGAUGUUGCUGAUACUGUUUAUUCUCUCUUGAAUACGAUUGUUCCAAGUAGUCUUCAGUUAUCAGCAAUGGCAAUUCAGAUGUUGGUCAUCAGCCCUGUUCUAUCAUUACUUUCUGCCUUGGUGAUUCCAUUGAUGGGUUUUGUGAUUGGUUACUUGGGCGAAAAACUUCGUGACGUAUCAAACAAGGCACAACUUGCUGCUGCUUCUCUCUCUUCCUAUCUGAAUGAGAUCCUUCCAUCAAUUCUUUUUGUGAAGGCAAACAAUGCAGAGUCCUGUGAAAGCAAAAGGUUCCAGUCACUUGCUUUUGCUGAUCUAUCCGCGACUAUGGGAAAGAAGAAGUUGAAGGCAUUUAUUCCUCAGUUGGUACAAGCAAUAUAUUUUGGCGUCUUAUUCACAUUUUGCGCUGGCACGCUGGUAGUAUCAAAAAGUUCUUUUGAUUGCUCUGCCAUGGUUUCUUUUGUAACAUCCCUAGUUCUGUUGAUCUCCCCAAUCCAGGAUGCAGGGAAAGCAUACAACGAAUUAAAACAAGGAGAGCCAGCAAUUCAGCGCUUAUUUGGUUUGACAAGCUUUGAACCUGAGGAAAUUGUGAACCCAAAUGCUGUUGACUUAGAUUGUGCUGCUGGAGAAGUAAAAUACUUUAAUGUCUCUUUUCGAUAUGAAGACAAUGGACCUCUUGUAUUGAAAAACUUGGACUUGCAUAUUAAAUCUGGAGAAAUCGUUGCCCUGUGUGGACCAUCAGGAGGAGGAAAAACGACUCUUGUAAAACUCCUGCUUCGCCUAUAUGAUCCUUUACAAGGUUCUGUUCUGAUUGAUGGUUUGGAUAUUAGAGGCAUACGGUUGGAGAGUUUGAGGAGACAUGUUGGUCUGGUCUGUCAAGAUACAGUAAGUCCAAGCCUCUUCCCCUCUUCAGAACCAUGAUAUGUUGAAUUCUUUUGCCUUAAUUAUUUCCACAUAUUGCUAAUCCUUUAUUUAUGGUAAGUUGCUGUAGUGUUCAAGAUAUUUGAUGCUUAUGCAUUUCACUGUCGAAUGGAAGAUGGAGUAGCCGUGUUAAGUUUUUUCCAUUUUCUUUUGUUAAUGUGCAAUUAUAUAUGGUGGAUUUGGGGGUUGGGAGUGGGAAUUCAUUGGCGGUUACUAGUUUAAAAACCUACUUCUUAGCACGAUUCUCCUGUUUCAUUCCUUAAUUCAAGCCUUUCAACUUAAAAGUUUCAUGCUCUAUAAAAUAAAAAGCUGCCAUAUUUGUGGAGAACUAGCUACAGGGGUUUUCACCAGAAUCACCUGGCAGUACUGGGGUAAAGCAGUUGAUUGCUAUCCUCGGCGUGAAGGGCAAUAAUUGGGGACUCGAAUACUUUUUUAGAGCCGAUAGAGGUUCAAUGAUCAGAUUGUUGCUAAAAAUGAGGUUUUUACACUGCAAGAAUCUAGUCAAAGGAGAGGACUUUUAGACAAGUCAUCUAAAGAUUCUCUAAAGAAACAAUUUUCCAUGGCUUGUUAACCUAAAUUUGAAUUAUAUACUGCAUAGUUUUCAAAUGAGGGGACUCUUUCCUCUAGUUAGCUAUAGUCUUUGAUUUUUCUCUAACAUUUAUUUCAUAAUUUCUUCUUUGUUCCCCGAGACAUUAAGAAAAGUUGUCGCGUUAAGUUUAGAAAACUUUCUUAGCGAAGGGAGUAUAUGUUAGAAGAGUGCUUCUCGAUUGAUGUGAAGUCCAAGUUGCCUCCACCCCCCUUGUUUUCCCUUUGGUUCUUGCCUUCUGUGUGCUUCAGUGUGAUUUGAGGAGCAGCUACUUAUUAGCCAACUAGAACAUAGCUCAAGGAGCUGUGAUGGAGAUAUGGAAUGCAAAUAUUCUUUGAAACUCUGAAGAAUCUAAAAGUUCUUGUGAUCUGGGAUGAACUUUUCCUAAAAUCGUGAAUGUCUCUCUGAAAAGUGCAUGCCUGAACAGUGCCUGAACCCUAGGUCUGCUAAUGCAUGCCUGAACAGUGCU